AUGGCGCCGAACGCUGCCCUGAAAGCCUCCGAAGACUCGGAGAAAUCCGUGCUCCUCUUCUCUAAUGAAGAAAUCAGGAAGAAGAAAUCAAAAGCCAGGGACGCGUUCAUCCAAGUUAUCAUAAUCUCUAUAGUCUAUAUGUUAGGAUACUCCCCCUUUAUCACACUGAUGAACUUAGAGGUGAUCCUUAAUGCAGAAAUUGGUUCCUUCGUGAUGCUCUGUGUUUUCUGUGGCACCUUGGUCUCCUUUGGAACAGCGCCAAUCAUCACGAGACUUAUUGGCGCCAAAGGCUCCGUCCUGUUUGGCUGGAUUGUACACGCCAUCUUCGCCGCCGUCCAUUUCUCACCAGUAGCUGAAGUGCUUCUGCCUGUUGGGAUUUUUGUUGGAAUUGGCCACGCCCAAGCCUGGGUAACUCAGGGUGUGUAUGUGGCUACCCUGGCCCUGGAGUACGCCUCGGCCACCGGGCAGCCCCAGGAGUCCGUCAUGGGGCUCUUCAGUGGCAUAUUCUUCACCAUUAACACCUUCAACGGCGUCUGGGGGAACCUGGUGUCCUCUCUGGUACUCAUUAAGCCACAAGACGCCAUGGGGAACAGCUCGGACCUGACAGAGAACUUAACAGGUCUUUGUGGUCUCGAAUUCUGUCCGUGGGAGGAUACAUCCGGGACCUACAUCCGGGAACCUGACGAGCUUUCUGUGACUAUAGUCCUUUGUGCGUUCAUAGGUCUGGACCUGUUGGCGUUCUUCAUAGCUCUAUUUUUCCUCAAAAAUGUCCACCCAGAGACCGGGGACUCUCUGCACAGCGCAGUGGAUUUCUGCGGCACCAUCUUGAAAAUGUGCUACGAGAAAAACCUGGCAUUUUUAUUAUUACCAUUCAUGUGGAUUGGGUUCGAGAUUCAGUUCAUGAUGACGGAAUUUACCACAGCAUUCGUCAGCUGUGAAAUCGGAAUAGAAUACAACGGUUGGAGUAUGAUAUGCUUCGCUGGGGGUACUAUAGUAGGAUCAGCAAUAACCGGACGAACGCUACGGUAUGUCGGUUGGCCUGUCAUGUUUGCCAUUGCCACGGCGUGUAACUUGGCCUGUCUUGCCGCCAUGGUGUUUUUUGCACCAUCAGAGCAGACGAUCGAGUUUUACCUCCUAAUUCCGGUAGCUUGGGGGCUUGCGGAUUCCGUUUGGUUCUGUCAAAUGUCUGCUUACAUCGGCCAUUACUUUCCACAGCAAAAAUGGCCGGUAUACGUCACAAUGCGAAACUUCAUAAACGUCAUGUACGUCAUCCUAUUUGGCUAUACGUCAUUUGUAUGCAUGGACGCGAAGGUUUACAUUACCAUCAGCAUGGUGCUGCUGUCAUUAGCCUCGUUUUACACGUUUGAGGGUCGGAGAAAACGGAAGGACGCUAAAGAACUUUUGAAAAAUGGACCUACUUAUUUGCGCAUUGGAAAACAAUAAACGCUUGAAAAGCUGUCGGGAGUUAAGAAGGGAAUGCGCCUGGUGCUUUACUGCGCAUGGGCAAAACGGUCAUCUUACGCAGAUCUGUCGAUACAGUGACAACAAAAUGACAACCCUCUAUAUGCAGACUUUGACGUUCUAUGUUAUUGUUUGUCAGUGGCGGAUAUUUAAGAUUUUUUAAUGAUUUCAAAUCGAACUGAAAAUAUUUUUGUGAAAGUAAAAUGUUCAAUAAAAUG